UUGGAAAUACAGUUUCAUAUGUAUAUUAAUAUAUUUGUUCUCUCUCUUUAAUUUUGAAGAUGGUCUGGACCAACUCCAAUUAGGAGACACUGCAGGGGGUGAGAAGGCCCAGCUUCCUCACAGUGCAGCUGGAUGCGAAAAGCUCACGGCAGAAGUGUUCAAAUGGGAGGGAAAGACAGAAAUAGAGACCUUUGGGACACAAGAGAGAGAAUUUGGACUGGUGGAUGACGUUGCAGCAUUUGCCAACAAUGAAAUCAUUGUACUGGACAGGGGCAACGCACUGUUGAUUACUUUCUUACCGAGAAGCAAGGACAUGCCUCUCUCGCAAAAGCUGCAACUACUUGGUCUUGUUAACCCAUCCCACGUGUCAGUGACUACCAACGACCUUCUUGUCAUUCUAGAUUAUCCUAAAGUCAAGAUCUUCAACCGGGCAUAUCAACAGUGCCUCCAUCACUUUCAGCCGGGACCAGAUUUGCACAGCAUUCCAUCAUGUCUUGCAGUGGACAAGAACCUGAUAGCCGUGGGCUAUGACGACAAGGAAAAGAUAUCCCUACACAACCUAAAUGGAUGCCUGAUCAAAGUGCUGUCGGCUCCGAUGAUGGGCGAGCACCUGUCAAUCCACAGGCAACAGUUUGUCUACAUCAGCAGGGACAAGAAAAAGCUUCAAGCAGUCGACAUAAAUGGCAAGUCGAUCUUUUCAUCAGAUAUCCAUGGCAACCCUUCUGACAGCCAAGCUCACGGUUUGUGUCACGACAGUGAGGGCGACAUUUAUGUUGCUGUGCACGCUGGUCGGCUAAAGGAAGGUGAAAUACAGCAUUUCAGUCCAGACGGCACCUACACUGGAUGUGUGCAUCGAGUGCGUGGCUACCCAGCUGGUAUCGCAUUCACACCAGCAAGUGAUCUUGCUAUAGCUGCCGAAAGAAGUGUCAAAAUCUACCCCAGUGGGCCUACUAUUCAUCGGCAGAAUGCCUUACGCAAAUAAAUUCUACUAACUAAACAAUGGAGAUGAAGUCUACUAAACAUCCUCGCAGGAUUCAGAAUGUACAACAGAGCUCAAAAGACAACUUUAAAAGAACCAACCAUAAUUAAUGUAGAAUGCAUAAAUAAAUACCUGCUGAAUCAAGACAUCUAGGAAGGGUAGAAUCACGCCCUGGCCUAGGAAGAUCUUAUCCAAUGUUGUGGCCAUCUCUUGUAAAUACAUGUAAAUUGACAUUGAGCAUGAUAUUCUUGAUCUUUUGUACAUUGUAUUCAAACUUACUUGAU